GCAGACAACUGUAGAUAGUGACAUUGAGCAUCUGGCUGUAAUGGAGCAAAUUCUGGGCCCAAUACCUUCAUCCAUGAUUCAUAACACGAGCAAACAGAAUUACUUCCGGUCUGGCCGCGUAGAUUGCGAUGUCUUCACAAGACUCCAUGUGCAGGGAAUCCGUAAGCCUUUGAAGCAAUACAUGGUCCGUGACAGUAAGGAAGAAAAGAAACUUUUCAAUCUGAUGGAAGGCUGUCUGCAGUAUGAACCGUCAAAGCGCCUCACAGCUGCGGAGUGUCUCCGUCACCCCUUCUUCAAGUAACACCAAUGAAGGGGUGACACUUAGUUUAACAUCUUAUUGUAUAGCAAUAAAUAGGAACAUCCAGUAGGGAAUCCAAUACCACCUUGGGGGAUAAACUUAGCAGUUUUAGUAUUAAAGAUCCAUAAAGCACCGUACAUGCAUUAGGUGUAACAAUGAUGAUCAUUUCCUUCAGCCACUAAUUGUUCUAUCCAGGCUCACUACUACAAGGUAAGCAGAGGUUCCAAUGCAGCUCAAUACAUCUGGAAUGUUUGGUAAAUGUGCACAUCUAGCCACUGGCUGAUUUACCAAGCUGCUUUUGGAACCUCUGCUUACCUUGUAGUAGUGAGAGCGAAGUUCUUCCAGGCACUACUCAUUGUUAUAUCCAGUCUCAUUACUA